CGGAAGUUUCGACAUUUUGAUCGGAAGCAACAACGGGAGCUCGCUGGCGUUGAAGGUAAUGAUGGAGAAGAGGUAUAGGGUUGCUAUUGUGGUUCUAGGUGACAUUGGGCGGAGUCCUCGAAUGCAAUACCAUGCCCUUUCACUUGCCACACAUGUAAAUGUCUUCUCAAUCAAUUCUUUUGCACAUUUUGAGGUGGAUAUUGUUGCUAAUGGAGGUAGCCAACCUUACGUGGAUGUUAUAGAGAACAAGAAUAUCCACAUUCAUGAGAUGGCAUCUGUACGCUUACAGGGUCUGUCCAAGAUAUCAAGAGCACUAGCACUGUUAAUCAAGGCAGUUAUACAAUUCUUUAUUUUAGUUUGGUUUCUUCGCUUCAAGAUUCCUCGCCCAGAUGCGUUCCUAGUGCAGAAUCCACCAUCUGUUCCGACUUUAGCUGCCGUCAAAUUGUCUAGUUGGCUUUGGCUUGGACGGUGUGGGUUUGUGAUAGAUUGGCACAACACUGGAUAUACUUUACUUGGGAUGUCACAUGGUAGUAGCCAUAUUAUAGUUAAACUUUACAAAUGGUUUGAGAAAUAUUUUGGGAGGACAGCUAAUAGCUCUUUAUGCGUUACGGAGUCCAUGCAGCAAUGGCUUGCGCAGAAUUGGGGAGUCAAGGCUUCAGUUCUCUACGACAAACCUACCCAAUUUUUCCAUCCUGCUGCCCUGAAGGAAAGUCAUAAGUUGUUUUGCAGCUUAGAUAAGCGUAUAUGUGACCCAGAUAACUUUCAUGAUUGUUUUAGCACUGGAAAGAAAAGCAACGAUCCAUCAGAUACUCUUUUUAGUACCCAGUAUGGUGAUAAUGUUUCCUUGAAGUCAAGCAGGCCUGCACUUAUUGUGAGCAGUACCAGCUGGACUUCAGAUGAAGAUUUUAACGUGCUUCUGGAAGCAGCAGUCAUGUAUGAUAGGCGUGUUGCUGCUGCCUUAAAUGAGGAUGAUUCAAUUGAUGAAGAGAAACUCUGGACCGAUUUAAGCAAAGGAAAAAAGUAUUUCUAUCCAAGAUUGCUACUUAUCAUCACCGGUAAAGGACCAGAUAAAAAGAAGUACGAGGAAAAGAUGAAGAAAUUAAAACUAAGGCGUGUGGCCUUUCGAACAAUGUGGCUUCCUGCAGAAGAAUAUCCGUUGUUACUUGGAUCAGCAGAUCUUGGUGUGAGCCUUCACAAAUCUUCAUCGGGCUUGGAUCUUCCCAUGAAGAUUGUUGACAUGUUUGGAAGUGGGCUACCUGUUUGUGCGGUUUCCUAUUCUUGCAUUAAAGAACUCGUUAAAGAUGGGGAAAAUGGCCUUCUCUUCUCAUCAUCAUCUGAACUUGCUAAUCAACUUAUGAUGCUUUUCGAAGGUUUUCCAGAUAAAUGUGAUGCCUUGAAGGCAUUGCAGGAUGGGGCUUUGGCUACUGGAUCCUCUUCAAGUUGGUCUACUGAAUGGGAGACAUAUGCAUUUCCUGUCAUACAUGAGGUUAUUUCAAAGGAACGCUGAAGCGAAGUCAGGCGGCGUUUGUUCUAUCUAAAAAUGUAAACAGUCUUGAAGAAAUACGAGGCCGUUUGUUUACCUUUUGUUUCAAGUACAAACAGCAAUUAGCUUUAUUAAUAUUAUUGUGGAAUAAAUACGAUGAACAAAUUGUAUUAUUCUGAUUAUUAAUUAAAUAAUCAAUAAUUUAUUUUGCCUAA